GACGCCGUUGGACUUGUUUUUGUUGUUGUUUAGUCCCCGUUUCUGGGCCACGCGCCACCGGGCAUGGAGGACGUAAAGGAGCUGCCGACCGUCCACCGGUCCUCCUCCUUCAGCAUCAAGAGCCUCCUGCUGCCAUCCAAGUGCGACAGAUCGGACUCCGCCGCCCCCGGGACCCUCUCUCCGUCACCUGGAUCCGACUCCGGGAAGUCCGUGGACCCGGCGGAAGUGGAGUCCACGGCCGCAGCUCUGGACCCGGAGAAACCGUGCAAGGAGGAGGAGGACGGAGGAGGAGGCGGAGGAGGGGACGGGACCAAGGCGACGGCGGAGCAGACGAGCACCGGCGGUAAAAACGGGAAAUACGACAAGCCUCCGUUCAGCUAUAACGCCCUGAUCAUGAUGGCGAUCCGGCAGAGUCCCGAGAAGCGGCUGACGCUCAACGGCAUCUACGAGUUCAUCAUGAAGAACUUCCCGUAUUACCGGGAGCACAAGCAGGGCUGGCAGAACUCCAUCCGGCACAACCUCAGCCUCAAUAAGUGCUUCGUCAAGGUGCCGCGGCACUACGACGACCCGGGGAAGGGCAACUACUGGAUGCUGGACCCGAGCAGCGACGACGUCUUCAUCGGGGGGACGACCGGGAAGCUGCGCCGGCGCUCCGCCACCUCGCGGGGCAAACUGGCCAUGAAGCGCGGGCUGCGCUUCGCCCCUUUGGGUUUGGGGCUGAACGAGCGCACCGGGAACCCGCUGUACUGGCAGAUCUCGCCGUUCCUGUCGCUGCACCACCACCCGCACUACAACGGCUCCUCCGCGGGCUUCCUCAACCAGGCGGCGGGCUACGGCUCGCUGCUGCCGCCGGUGGAGCAGCUGAACGGGGACCUGGGCCGCUCCAUCGGCGCGCUCGGCCUCACGAACACGUACGGGAUGAGCACGUCGCCGGUCGGGCUGCUGUCCGGUCAGACGGCGACGGGAUAUUUUGUCUCAGGGAGCCAGCACGCGGCCCCUCCGCCGCCUCCGGGGGGAGCCCCGCCGCCUCCCCCGCCGCCGCCGCCCCUCCAGCAGGGCGCGCCGGGCUUCGGCUCCCCGCCGGCGCUGCUCGCGGACUCUCUGAGGAACAGCUCGUUACCCGCCUUCUCCCCGGGCGUGUCCGCGGGCUUCCCGGGGGUCUUACCUCACCAAAAGCGCGUGACCCCAAACUCUUACCUAAACUGAACUCCGAGGACGAGCACGCGCACAGCAUACGUCAUAUAAAGAGCAUCUAAUAAGCGGCAAAUAUCAAAGGCCGGAAACAUAUGAAUAAUAAAAAAACAACCAUUUGGCCAUAUUUUACCCACAAUACAACGGGGUUCUUUUUUUUUUUUUUUUUUUUUUUUUUUUUAAAAGGGACGAACUUUUGUUAGAACCCCGCAGGUUGUCAAACUGUAAACUAGACUUGCCAAAGGAACACGGAGAAGAUUUCAGCUUAUUUAUAUCUUGUAAAAACUUUCAGAACUCUGAGACUUUUAUUUAUGUUUUGUAUUUAUUGUAUUUAAAUUCUGUUCGUUGGUGUUUGUUGAGAGGCUGAAAUAAGACAAUCAGGGUUCACACUUAUUUAUGAGUUUUCUGACAAUCAAAGCGAAGACAAUCAAAAAAAAUUUAAAUUUUACUUUUGGAAUUAUCAAAUUAAUAAAGCCUUAAAUAUUCAGAAACAAUCAGGGUUUGUGAGCGGAAAAAUAAAAAGUCAUAUCUUCACUCAGGUUUGACCCCAGACAGGCCCACUAAUAAUAAUAUUAUAAUCGGAUUUUUAAGAAAAACUGCUUCCCAUGAAGACUUUCGACAUCUAACUUUUCAUUUCAUGGGUAACAUAAAUUCAUCCUGACGGUUCCUUUUUAACAGAUAAAACAUAAAUAUAACGGCUUUUACACAUUUUGCGUCAAGAAA